AUGGUAAAGAAGAUCUGUGGAAUUGGAGCUGGAUAUGUAGGGGGUCCAACGAUGGCGGUUAUAGCCCUCAAAUGUCCUUCGAUUGAGGUAGCUGUUGUUGACAUCUCUCACCCCAGGAUAUCAGCUUGGAACAGCGACAAACUCCCGAUCUACGAACCCGGCUUAGAACAAAUUAUACAACAAUGUAGAGGAAAGAAUCUCCUCUUCAGUACUGAUGUAGAAAAACAUGUUUUUGAGGCUGAUAUAAUCUUUGUUAAUGUUAACACGCCAACGAAAACAGGAGGCCGUGGAGCUGGCAAAGCUGCAGAUUUAACUUAUUGGGAAAGUGCGGCGAGGAUGAUAGCCGACGUUUCAAGAUCAAACAAGAUUGUUGUCGAGAAAUCAACUGUUCCGGUUAGAACAGCUGAAGUGAUUGAGAAAAUUCUAGUUCACAAUAGCAAUGGCAAGGUCGAGUAUCAAAUUUUGUCAAAUCCUGAAUUUCUUUCCGAAGGAACUUCUAUUCAGGAUCUUCUAAAUCCUGAUAGGGUUCUAAUCGGAGGAAACGAUAGUCUUAAAGGUCAAGAAGCAAUUCAAAAACUGAAAGCUAUAUAUGCUAACUGGGUGCCUGAAGACAGAAUUAUAACUACAAAUGUUUGGUCUGCUGAACUCUCUAAGUUAGCUGAUAAUGCUUUUUUGGCUCAAAGGAUUUCAUCUAUUAAUGCUAUGUCGGCUUUAUGCGAGUCUACAGUUUCAGGUAAGAAGGUUGCUGUUUUAGGAUUUUCCUUUAAGAAAGAUACUAGUGAUACUAGGAAAACUCCUGCAAUCGAUGUUUGCAAAGGUCUUUUGGGGGAUAAUGCUUGUUUGAGCAUUUAUGAUCCGCGGGUUAGUGAAGAACAGAUUCGAAGAGAUUUGUCUAUGAAUGAGAUUCCAUGGGACAAUUCAGUCAUGGUUGAGGCAAUGAGGUUCGAUGGUACGAAACAGGUUAGUGUGUAUGAGGAUGUUUACGAGGCAACUAAAAAUGCUCAUGGGAUAUGUGUUCUUACAGAAUGGGAUGAGUUCAAGGAAAUUGAUUAUCAAAGAGUGUUUGAUAGUAUGGAGAAACCAGCAUUUGUUUUUGAUGGUAGAAAUGUUUUGGAUGUUCAUAAGUUGAGGGAGAUUGGGUUUAUUGUAUACUCAAUUGGGAAGCCAUUGAAGCAGUGGCAGAGUUACUAG